CCGCUAAAUUCAUGACAAUGUGGCAACACUACCAACAGCCCGCGAAACGACUUUUUUCUGCUGUGCAAAAGAGCACACACUACAGCACUCUGUGCCGAGCGAGAGAGAGAGAGUGAGCCGAAAAACACGCGCUGCAUUUUCUUUACGUUCCUCUGAUUUUAUAGCUUAUAACAAAAAUAAUUGAAAAUAAAGGAUGUCCAGCUCAGGGAGAAAGCGCAAACAACAGUUGAAGCCGCGGCAGGACGAUCACCGAUCGCCGGUGAAGCGUCGCAGCGUCGACAUCAAAAAGGAGCCCUUAGACUCGUACCCGGCACUGGCGGACUACGACCUGAGCACUGCAGACAUCAAGCCGGACCUCACGGAGUUGCACCUCCAACUGGCAACCGAGCAGCGUACGGCCGUCAAUCCCAAUCUCAGCGACUUGAACCGCCAGGAGAGCGACUCUGACGAAGACGGCUAUUCGGAACUGAACUACCAAUCGUCAGAUGUCUUUUGUCAGGAUGAGCCGGAUGAGUUCGACCCUGAGUGGACCUCCCAGCAGUCGAGCACAAGGCUACUCUUCAAGUUUCAUACUCCCUUGCAGCAAACUGGCUUGAAGGGAGCAAAACGCUUUCAAUGCCCCCAGCAGUACUUCAAUCUACUCGUGGGAAACCGCUCCAAGUUCUUUGCUGCUCUGGCUCAAGGUGUAAACCUUCGUGCUGGAACAGCGUCCACCAGUGCCGAAGAAAUGGAAUCCUUUGUAGGCCUUUCUCUCCUGAUGAGCGAUUUAAAGCUCCAUGAUCUAGCGGACUACUGGAAAAAUAACACGUUUUUGGGCUUUGCUGGUUUCUCCGAUAAAUUGGGCGAAGACCGAUAUCAUAAGUUGCUGCAGUGGCUCAAUUUCGAUUGUUUGCCUAAUGAUAACAGCAAAGAAAAAGACGCCAUUCCCCUCCUGAAUUUUAUAAACGAGCGGAUGGAUGAGUUGUACGUGUGUGGCCAACAGUUGGUGCUGAACGACCCAGUGGUACUUUGGAAAGGAACAUUCAGCUACCUGGAGGAUCUGCCUUGCCGGUUCCGUUGCAACUCCAUGGUUCUCCACAUGCUGACGGAACAAAGUGGUCUGGUGGUGAAGCUCUUGCCAGAAAUUGUGCGGCGCGAAGACUCUGCUGCAUGGAUACGGAAUUCCCGGCAAUUGGUGCAGCACAGAAUCGGCGUGGCCCUGAAGUUAAUGGGAGAUCACCAAAGCGGACGCACUGUGUAUGCAUCGAAGUUCUAUGGCAGCUAUGGUUUGGCCCACGAGUUGGCCAAGCAAGAGACCUACUGCACUGGGCUGCUGGACAGGAAUAGGUACGGCAACAGCAAGGCCCUGGUGCACCAGCAACUGGAGCCUAAUCGCAUCAUCACCAGUUAUGCCUCGCCUCUGAUGAUGGGGAAAUGGCGGCGGAGGGAAAAGAGCCUCUACUUUUUCAGUUCCGACUGCUUGGCAAUAUAUGCCAAGGAAAUGUCAAUGCAGAAGACCAACGCAAGGCCCAAGCUGAUUCAGGAACUUGAUUGGCAGCUGAAAGCGGGCAACCUGAGUCGACAGCAACUCAUCCAAUACCAGCCAGGUUGCCACGAACUUCCCACGGACAAAAAGCUGGCCAUCUUCCUCAUAAACGUCCUAGUCUACAACGCUCAUCUGCUAUACAUGGCCAAUGCUCAAAACGCAAGGGGAGGACGCCUCAAGAGCUAUGCAGAGUUCCGUAUGGUCAUAAUAAAGUCCCUGUUGCGGGAGGAGCAGGUUGCAGAGCCCGUCGCAAUCAGCCCUCGAAAACUGGAGGAACCAAUAGAGAAAGUAAAGGAAAAGAAGCCAGUAACGCCCCCGAGCAUCCGCCACGAAGCCGUACUCAUUCAGCACAAUGGAAAACCGGCGAAGAAAAACUGUCGUAAUUGCCACAAAGGCGGAAUGCUGCAGUUCAGCAAGUUUAUGUGCAACUCUUGCCCGGACAAGCCUGGUCUUUGCCAAGAACCUUGCUUCCGUCUAUGGCAUGACCAACUAAAGAAGUGAGAAAUAAAAGUGAUCUAAUGAUU